AUGUCCCGCACCGGACCGAUCGCCCAGGACUGGGAGCCGGUGGUCGUGCGCAAGAAGCUGCCCAACGCCGCCGCCAAGAAGGACGAGAAGGCCGUCAACGCCGCCCGCCGCGCCGGCGUCGACAUCGACAUCGCCAAGAAGCAUAAUGCUGGGACAAACAAAGCUGCUCAUAGCACCACAUCGCUCAAUACAAAGAGGCUUGAUGAUGAUACAGAGAAUCUUGCUCAUGAGCGUGUGCCGUCAGACCUGAAGAAGAGCAUUAUGCAGGCUAGAACGGACAAGAAGCUCACACAGGCACAGCUUGCACAGCUGAUCAAUGAGAAGCCACAAGUCAUCCAGGAGUACGAGUCAGGCAAGGCUAUCCCAAACCAACAGAUCAUCGGCAAGCUGGAAAGGGCUCUUGGCACAAAGCUGCGAGGCAAGAAGUGA